AUGAUCGUGGUUGAAAUUGACUUAUUCUACAUACUGCUUCUCUUCUUCGUGAUAUGCCUCUACUUUUAUUUCAAUGCCGAUAAGGGCCGGUUUAAAGAGAAGGAGUUCUCCCUCGAUAUAGCUGACGCUAAUGAGUCCACAAUUUGGGAUGAGGGUGAUUACGGACAAACGGUGAAUCGAAACGAAACCAUUACAAUAACCUCUCGGGAGAUGGAGAAGCUAUUUGAAAAAUGGGUGAGCACCAGGGGAAAGUAUUACGAGAAUCUCACCAAGGAGGGCCAUCCUCCUCAUUCUGGGCUCCUCAACCUUUCUCCCGAUUGUUUUACCCAUAUAUUGUUCUACUUGAACCAGGAGGAUUUGUUGAACUUGAGUGUGACCUGUAAACCCUUGUACCACCAGGUCUUGGGAAAGUUGUACUCGAACAUUCAUGUCCAUGACUAUGAUAACCGGAUAAGUCGCCUAAAGUCUCUAUACGCAUCUGUUUCAAAAUCUAAACUGGCCUCGAGAACUGUGCAUGGUUCAAUCCUAAACCCGAGAUCGGAAGUUCUCAAACAAGGGCUUCCGAUUCUCUUUCAAGGGUUGGCGUACAACUGGACCCUCAUUUCUCCCCAGGGGUUUGAAAGGUUGGCCAACAACUACCACUUGCACAGCCAAAAGGUGAAAUUUAUACACAUUGAAUACGAGUUCUAUUCCGCACCGUUUCUUGUCAAGAUUUACCGAAACUUUCCCCAUUCCAUGAUUAGAUUUCCCAACAUAAGCGCGCCGUUUGAGGGCGAUACCAAGCCGCUUCCGUUGGACCAUUACUACAAUAAAGUUUUUGUCAAUUUUCGCAGAAAAGCCCUAUGGAAUCGAUUAGAGUUUUUGUCAUUCAACGAAUCGGCCAUGCUUUCAUUCGGGAGAUUUAGCUCAGACGGACACCUCAUAGGAGCAGACUGGGACUCGAUACCCGAUCUUCCCCCAAACUUGAAGCGCAUCGAGCUUUACGCUAUAAAGAGGUACCCUAUGUCGGAGAUUUUUUGCAAGUGGGGGGCCCAGCUUAGCGUGGUUAAAUAUCUUGGAGUUAUUGGUAACCCCAUGGAUAUUCUCGGUCAAAUGGUUGACUCAGGAGGGAUCACUUUCAUUCGUUUGGAUCAUAUUUUGAUGAAGUUCACCGACUCGCCAAGAAACAUGGACUUUAGUGCUCUCACUCUGGUCAUUCAUGCAUUGGCGGCGCCCUGCCUUUCAAGAAUCCGCAAACUUGACUUCAUUUACGACUCUACGUAUCAGAAGAGUGACGCCGAUUUUCUCUUGGUGGAUAACCACAAUAAUUUUAUUGACGUUGAGACUUCAGAAUAUUUGAACUCGAUCGAUCAGUUCUUGUUAUUUUUAGGUGAAUGUUGCGUCUCCCUCGACCUGGUAUCGAUCUUUAGCCACGACAGACGAAGAAAUCGGCAAUUCAAGCACGUUUUGCCUAAUUUCAACCUGUUUCUCUUACGCUUACCGGAAAACCAACUCACUGUUUUGCAACUACUCAUUGGAUGCGAGUUUAGUCUUGCCAAUUUUUGGACGGGUGUGCAACACCACUCCCAGUCAUUAAAAACAAUAUCGUGGAACGGAAAUCUCGGUCGGCAGUUGCUUUUUGGGAAUGAAAUCUUGAGCCAAACCUCAGGCUCCUCGUUGGAUCAUCUUGCCCUUGACAUGACCAAUGGUGAUUUAUUGACAUCGCGAUUUAUCAAGCCCAACCCGGUAGAGAACCUUGUGGAAAAAAUAUUUGUUCAGGAAAUGAAGAUGUUGGCAAAGUCUCGUGGGAGCCUAAAUAACACCCUUGACUCGAUUCUCACCCGGGGAACCCUGCAGCUAGGAUGCAAUCACGAGGAGUUGCUAUCAGCUAACAUCAUUGGGGAUUCAUGGACUCUGGUGCUUCAACACCCACUGUCGUUUCCCAAUUUACUGUAUAUCGUCACCAAUGGUAUUCAUCUUGUGGUUUACAGCGAGUUUGAUUCUGUGAGGAGAGUAGUGUCGGUUUACGACCCCGAGUUUUCCGAUGAGAUGGUGGAGCAUCUACAUACCCUUGGGAGCCAGGAUAAAGGCGCGGUAUCCCUUGAUUCACUUGUAGGGGGUUCCAGUUUCCUAGAUUUGGUUUUCUCGGUCAAGCAAGAUGUUAAGGAAGAGUUGGUGAUGAUGCAAAAGAUCUAUGUGAUCUUGAAGGAAUUAGGAGUCAAGGCUAAUUAG